CUGUUUGAUGUGAGUAACGACAACACCUACAAACCCGACCGCAACAAAGGGCACCAGCCCAGUGACAGUGAUGAGAUGAACCAGAACACUGACUACAGCGGGACCACAGAGGAGGUGGGCACCAUCGCGGGGAUUGCUAGCGCGGUGGUCAUGGCCCUGGUGGGGGCCGUCACCAGCUACAUCUCCUACCAGAAGAAGAAGCUGUGCUUCAGCAUACAGCAGAGCCUGAACGUGGACAUGGUGAGCUCUGAGAACCCGGAGGCCAUGGUGGCUACAGAACCACAAGUCCAGCAGACCCUCCUGGAGCCCAAAGCCGAGCAUCCUGCUGAAGCUAAAGCUGUGUAGCAGCCACUCACCGGUCACCAGCAAACCACCCGGCUGGACACCAUGGGAAUCUCAUUAUUUAUGUAUUUAUUUAUUUUAUUUAUUUGAGGGUGCAUUGCAGAAAUGAGAAACAUCUUUUCAAUGAACUCCAACACUGACACGUUUCCAUCUUUUCAAUGUUGUUUGAAUUGUUUUGGUCAUAAACUGAUACUUUCCAGUUAAUCAGCAGAGGGAAAUUUUUGCCAAAGAAAAAAUAGUGCUUAAAUAUGACAAAACUCACUAUCAGUGAGAAUUUCUGACUUUUUAAAAUGUAGACGCAAACAUGUAAAUCCUUGCUUUAAAACGCUUAAAAUGACCAUUAGUGUUAGUAUAGACUAGGAAAUGCUAAUAUAAUACAGGAAUGUAAGAUGCCUUCUUUUCCCUUUAGGUCACCCCACCUUCUUUUAUAUCACGACCCGUUUUGAGGCAUUGGUGCCACUUCUACACACUGCCCUCAUUUUCUUUACAUUUACAUAAAAUUCAGUUGAUUUUCAGUGAUUUUUUUUAAUCCACUGUGGUUUUAACCGUUAAAUUUGUGAGCCUCAGACAUAAAUGUUCCAUUUAACCACACUACUGUAAUCUUUAGACUGUUGAGCACAGAUGAAUGUAAGCCAACCAAUGCUAACCAAUUUAAAAAGAAAAACACACACAGGCCACGCUUAUCUACAGGCCCAGGUGUCCAACAAGACAUAUUUACACAAAAAUAUAUUUUAAACCCUGAAUUAAACAUGAACCGGAAACAUGCACCAUAGUGUAAAUGCUUUUUUCUGACCUGUUCAUUUCACUGGUCUGAUGUGAUGAAACCCAUAGAAAUCCACAGAAAGUAGAAGUUCAGAGACCGGGAAAGAUGGAAAUCAAUUUUAAAAAUGUAAUUUUAUUUCAUUUACUGGUAUCUUUGGGAACUCGUGAAUUUGAUAAAUGAGAAAAUCCAAUAAGAAAUUAAAUGAAGCAAUAUUCUCCAGACUUGUUUAACAUCAUGAGUUCUUUUGAAUCUCAAAAAGAUUUAAUAUGGAAAAAUGAAUCCACUUUUGUGGUCAAAUGUGUUCAUUUGUCUGUGGAUCUAUUAACAACUUCAUAUCAGCAUCUCCUGAAAGACACAAACUUUAUAUAUUGACCUACUUAUGGCUUCACUCUGUAAGAAAACUUGCAUGGGAAUUAGAGUUACUGUAGUUCUGCUGCUACACACCCAGCCCAUUUAACGGAAAAUGUUGCCUUACUCAUAUUUGUAUGUCAGAAAUGUUUCUGUCUACUAGAAUCAGCAACCUUUUUAUUCAAACAAAACAGCCAAAUACAUAAAAAAUGUUGGAAUUACAAUAAAUGAUAUGGAAAUGAGUUAACUAAGUGAUUGAGGAAAGAAAAAUGACUUUUGAUUUCAGCUGAUAGGCGUUUACUUCCAAACCUGUACUGUCAGAGAGAGAGAAAUCUGCUCAAAUACGAUAGGAAACAUUACAUAGUUGAGAUUUCUCUCAGUGAAAAAAGCUUUAAAAAUUAAAUAGUUUUAAUGUGAAGUUAUGGUCCAAGUUCUCUGAGUGAUCUGCCAAAUUUGUGCCAUGGGAGAUAGAUCACAGGUUUUUGAAUGUUUAGGAUAUGAGUGAUGUGUAGAAGAUGCUAGCCGCUGUAGUGGACUUUCAAAGCAAAAUACAUAUAGUUAAUCUCUCAGCAAACAACACACACCAAUUACUGUAAAUGAUCAAAUGCAACAUAUUUGCUAUUUCUGCUGUGACGGAUUAGUUUAGCUGUGUGUUUGACCUGCUUUUUAGAUACUGAGCUGAUGGAAUGAAUAGUUUCUGUUCCUAGUGCGUUUGAUUUUUACACCAGUGGGCCAAAAAAUGCCUGAUCGCUUUGAAAAAAUGCUUAAUGGGUCUUUAGCAAACUCUUUCCAAAGGCAUUGCUUAUUUUAUACUGGUACUAAACCACUCUGCUUCUAAAUGCUUCUCCUAGGUAAAAUGUGCUCCUGUCCAGCCUGCCCUCAGGUCAGUCCUCUGUCCGUAGGACCGGGUCAGGUGGACAGUGUCAGUGUGCUGCCCUGCUAAGAUUCUGGGCUAAACAGUCACACAGUUUCGGUUGAGAGCUGCGUUGGUGGUCUCCGACAUCCACACACACUCAUCCACCCCUGCUCUGGUGCUCUGUUCCACUUUGAAGAACACUUUUCUCAACACACUGUACUAUGUAGCUGAAACUGUAUUUUUAAAAGCCAAUGCUUGACUGUAAUCAGAGUGCAAUGACCUGCCUUCUGUUAGCAAACUGUGUUUGUGUGUCGGACGUUGUGUCUAAUAUGAGCCAGUCUAAUAAACAAUACAACCUGGCAUGCUGG